AACUGCACACACUCUUCAAGAUGUCCUUCUGGGUGACAGUCGCAGUUGCCUCGGGGGCCGGUCUUUUGGGGAUCCUCUACCUAACGGGCUUCUUCCGCCGAAGACGACCCAAUGAACCCCCUUUGGACAAAGGACUCAUUCCAUGGCUAGGACACGCAUUGCACUUCCGAAACGACACCAUGGAUUUCCUGCAAACCAUGCAGAAGAAGCAUGGGGACAUUUUCACGGCCUUGAUCGCAGGACAGUAUUUUACUUUCUUGACAGACCCGCUGUCCUUCGGCGGCAUCGUCAAGGAAGCCCGAAACAAACUGGAUUUCAUUUCGUUUGCAGCCGAGCUAGUCCUCAGGGUGUUUCGAUUCGAGGCCACCCACACGACACACAAGAUCAUUGAGACCUCCAGCACGAAGCAUCUGAAGGGAGAAGGCCUGGAAGUGAUGACCCAAGCCAUGAUGGAUGCCUUGCAGGCUGUCUUACUCCGGUGGCAGGAAACCUCCAAAGAAGAUCCGAAAUCCUGGAAAGAAGAUGGUUUGUUCCACUUUUGCUACAACAUGGUCUUCCGAGCUGGGUACCUGGCUUUGUAUGGCACCGAACCAAAUGGGAAACAGAAAGAAAAAUCAGAACAAAAGGACAAGCAGCACUCCGAAGAGAUAUUCGUUGAAUUUCGCAAAUAUGACAAGCUCUUCCCGCGCCUCUCGUACGCCCUGUUGACCCCGUCGGAAUGGGGCCAAGUGAAGAAAAUCUGGAACUACUUCUGGGAAGUGCUUUCAGUGAAGAACGUCUACCAGAAGGACAACAUCAGCCGGUGGAUCAGCGACCAGUCUCAACAGCUGGCUGAAAGUGGGCUGUCCGAAGAGAUGAGGGACCGCUUCAUGUUCCUUCUCCUUUGGGCCGCUCAAGGUAACACCGGUCCAGCUUCCUUCUGGCUCCUGGAGUACUUGAUGAAGCACCCCAAAGCCAUGGAAGAGGUCAGGAAGGAGAUUGAGGGGGUGAUGAAGAAGUCGGGCCAAGAGAUGAUCUCCCGCCAGAAGCCCUUGAACGUCACCAGGGAGAUGCUGAGCCAAACGCCCAUCCUGGACAGCGCCGUGGAAGAGACCUUGAGGUUGGCGACAGCCCCUUUGUUGGUUCGGCUGGUUUUAGAAGAUAUGGAGUUCAAACUCCACAAUGGGAAGUCCUACUUGCUGCGCAAAGGCGACAAAAUUGGCCUCUUCCCUUUCCUCUCGGCCCACAUGGACCCCGAAAUCCACGCAGAGCCCCAGGCCUUCAAAUAUGACCGUUUCCUCAGCCAAAAUGGCUCCAAAAAGGAAUUUUUUAAGAACGGUGAGAAGGUGAAGUAUUUCACCAUGCCUUGGGGGGCUGGGACCUCCAUGUGUCCUGGCCGUUACUUCGCUACCAACGAAAUCAAGCUUUUCGCCUUCAUGAUGCUGGCUUGUUUUGACCUGGAGCUGAUCAAUCAGCAGGAGGAGAUCCCGGCCAUGAACAAGACCCGCUACGGAUUUGGGGUGAUGCAGCCCAUGAAUGACGUCCAGUUUAGGUACCGUUGCCAUUGCUAAAAGCAGAGGCAGCGAACUACACAUGAUAAUCCAAGAUAACCAGGGAGAUUUCACCGGUGAACUGGUUUGUUUCUAUGUUAGGGAAUUCAGACUCUGUGUAUGUGUGUGUGUGUGUUUGUGUGAACUUCUUCCUUUCUUUUUGCACGCUUAGCUUGCACAAGAUAAUCUAGGAUAACCAGGGAUAUCUCACCAAUAAACUGAUUUAUCUCUGUAUUAUGGAAUCAGUCUCUUUCUCUCCUUGGUGUGUGUGUGUAUUAACGCCUUCUUUUCCUUUUGCACAUUUAGUCUGUUGUGCAAAUCCCCAUAUGCAUGACACAGUUUAGCUCCUGCUUGCUGGCUGCCAGGGACAGAGAGAAAAUCUCUGGAAAAUCAAAAAUCCACCCUGAAAAAUAAACCAGAGAAGGCUGCCUGAAAUUAGCCCUCCCAAGUCGCUUCUCUUUCCUUCCUUUUCUGUUCAAGUUCAGCUUUCCAAAAUAAUAAUAAUUUUUUUUUAAAGUUCAUGCAGAUCCAGUGUGCUAAUGUACACAAACUGAGUUGUGUGUCUUCUGUUGAUCUGAGGUUCCGAGUGAAAUUUGCUAAGGGGCUUUUUAAGAGACAGAGGAAUUCCAAAGAAGGGAUUUUUCCUUUGUGUGUAGCAAAACUAUAGCUAGUCCUUGACUUACGACCAUGAUUGAGCCCAAAAUUUCUGUUGCUAAGUGAGAUGCAGGUUAAGUGAAUUUUGCCCCAUUUUAUGGCCUUUCUUGCCACUCUUGUUAAGCGAAUCCC